AUGCACUCGACACUUGUGCGCCUGCAGAAUGUCUUUGGCUUCUUCACCACGGUCGCUUUCACAGUCGCGAGCGUCAUUGCACUGAGUAGCUUCAUCUCCCCACAAAACCCGUCAGCCAACAUAUCGCUGCAGAAUGUGCAAUUGGUAAUGGGACGGCCGCACUACUACUCACCCAAGAGGGAGGAAUACGCGCAUAUCAAGUUCGACCUCAGCGCUGAUCUCAGCUCGCUCUUCAACUGGAACACCAAGCAAGUCUUCGUCUACCUCAAAGCCGUCUACCCCUCAACACGCGCCUCAGAACCGCCGUCCGAAGCCAUCAUCUGGGAUGCCAUCCUCGCUUCCAAGUCGGCGCCCUGGCACACGGGCUACUUUGUUCACCCCGACAAGAAGUCGAAGCUGCCCAAGCAAUCCGCCAAGAAGCGCGCCGCGUCCAAAUCAAAGACGACGUCGCCCUACCCCAUCGGCGAACUGCACCUCGACAACAACAAGCCCAAAUACAAGAUCACCGAUAUAACUGGCAAGCUGGGCAAUAGGACGGAUGUCACAUUGGAGCUAGGAUGGAAUGUGCAGCCAUGGGUAGGCGCAUUGACCUGGACCAACUGGAACACGGUCGGUGCAUGGCGCGGUUUGGAGGGAGGCAGGAGUAAGGCGUUUACUUUCCCCGAGGUAGGUGCCAAGGCGGCAAAGCCCAAGGAUUUGGAGACGGAGAAGGGUGCCGAGGGUUACAGAUUGGUGGCACGUGUUUUUGUUGGUUUGCCUCAUAUUGAUCAUACAGAGCAAUCAAUACGAUUUCAAGUACAAACAACUAGUCUGCCCCAAGGAGAAGUGUUAGUACAUGCUCGGGUCAAGGUCGGACCUCCGAUCUCGCCGCAAACCGCCACUUUCUGGUCGUCGGAUUUCAAAGCGCGCUCCACAACCCUCAAUCACCUCACACUAUGCGCCAUCUGCGGUACCACCUACACCACCCCUCCUCUUGCCCAUCCGAGUACGCUCCAGACUAAUACCAAUCUCGCCAUGCCUCUUGACAACAUACGGAACAUUCUUCUUGUCCUCUCCGGCAAAGGCGGAGUCGGAAAAUCAAGCGUCACUACCCAACUCGCCCUCACCCUAUCACUACAAGGACAUUCGGUCGGUGUCUUGGAUAUAGAUUUGACAGGCCCGAGUAUACCACGCUUCUUUGGCAUCGAGAAUGAAAAAGUAAGGCAGGCGCCUGGUGGCUGGAUACCGGUUGAUGUGCACGGUGAGCAGACAUUGGCUACGCACAAGAGAGUGGGCGGAAAGGAUGGAAGCACAACGGAGCAAACAGAAGGAGGAGAGGCGGCUGCAGACGGCCAAAAGAUUGGAUCCUUAUCCUGUAUGUCACUAGGCUUCAUCUUGGCCUCGCGCUCCGAUGCUGUCAUCUGGCGCGGCCCCAAGAAGACAGCCAUGGUUCGCCAGUUCCUCACCGACGUCCUCUGGCCACCGCUUGAUUACCUCCUCAUCGACACGCCGCCCGGUACCUCCGAUGAACACAUCUCUCUGCUCGAAACCCUUUUGAAGAACACCACGCCCUCUCCCGCCCUCAACCCGUAUCUCCCCUUCCUGGCCGGCGCUGUCGUGGUCACGACCCCACAAGCCAUCAGCGUUAGCGACGUGAAGAAGGAACUCAACUUCUGCAAGAAGACCGGCAUCAGAGUCCUUGGCGUAGUAGAAAACAUGGCCGGCUUCGUAUGCCCAAACUGUUCGGAAUGCACAAACGUUUUCAGCAAGGGCGGCGGAGCCGUCAUGGCAACAGAGUUCCAAGUCCCUUUCUUGGGUUCCGUACCGAUUGACCCAGCAUUUGUCGAGUUGGUCGAAAGCGGGACGAGGCCGGUGUAUCCCAAGGGUACGGUGUUGCAAGGGAAGGAGAUGGAUACUAAAGAAGUUGCAGCCUUGAAGAGUCUCACCGUCCGUUUCAUUGUCGUCAUUUCGUCUCAUGUGAUUACAGUGCUCCAUGGUGAACAAACGUACACUGGUUUCGUCACAGCAGAUCAAGAACGCGGUAUCUUGCUCACUAGUAAUAAUGGUCUGUUGUUAUCCCAUUUCGUACUGGAGCCUCUGGCUUUUGGUCUGCAGACCAAACGUGCAGGUAACAGUGUAGAGGUGAGAGAGCGCUUGAUCAAAUUCUCAGAUCCUCAACAUGCUAUCGGUGAUCUUCAGCACUCUCCUCUAGGUCCUGUUCAAGUACACGAUCAGAAGCAGAAACCUGAGAUUGCAUCGCGUCAGAAUGAUCAGCUCACUCAAGGUCUUGAGGAUAGCGCGGACCAAGAGUGCGAUACCAACGAAAACGGAAUGCUAAGAGACAAACUCUCUGGUGCUACUACUACACCAGAAAAUGAUUCAGGUUCUGGAGAAGAGUCUAGUAUAGGCCAGGAAGAGCAACUCGUGGUCAAGCUGAAGUACAGCACCAAGACCAAGACCACCAACACGUCCUCUUCACCAGAUCACCAAAGGUCCACUAAUGGCACUUCUGUUUCCCUCAAGCCUGGUACAGCUUCGAGUAUCAUUUCCAGUCCUUCUAGCAGAAGUCCUAUUGUCAAGCAAGAGAGUGAACAUGAUCUACACAUUGUAUCCCCAAAUACGAAGACGACCGACCCACGGAUCAAGAUCGAGAAGGAUGAUGAUCAAGCUUUGGUUUCGGAACCCCUUAGUAAGCCUAUGGAAGAGUCAGGUCAGGUCAAGGUCAUCAAGGAUGAGCUCGAACAUGACGCACGUCAACAGAUACAUGAUCCCAACCAAAGUUUUGCUCAAAAUGAGAUGGAUGUUGAUGCUCAUCCUGGCAACGGUACUAUGCCUGUUCCGGCCAACAGCAGCACCUCCGACAAGUCCUUAGAUAUCGCUGAUACACAAGCUGCUGUACCUGAGCUUGGGAAGUUGCAAGAGCCUGUGGCCAUCAACGAGCGUGGUGCUGAUAACGUGGACGGCAACUAUCAGCAGAGCGAGAGCGCAUCACCGGAAGCCACUCGUGGUGAAAAUACCGUGUUUGACGACGACGAAAACAUCUCUGAUGGUACUAAUUCACAGGAGUGGUCCCCAAGCGCUGCCAAUAAACAACACAAAGGCCAUCCAGCGAUCGAUCAUCAACUUGUACCACCAGGCUUCACAUCUGAUGAGAUGAACGUACAGAAACAAGACCAGGUCAAGAAAAUUCCGCAUAUCUUCAAUGCUGGCCAACCAGACCUUGGCGUUCAGGAUCCGAUUCACCUCACCACUACGUCGUCUUCACCUCGUUAUCAGGACUCACGUAUAUCGAACCCCAACAUUACUUUGGAUGGUUUCUCAGAGUCCCAAACAGCGCAACCACGUCAUGUCUCCCAACGGCCUUCCGAUCAAUGCAACCAACCCAACUUCGAUCCUAGCUUCAGUCGCCAGCAACAGCUUCAGGCACAGAUCGAAAGGCAGAAGAAGCAGUUAGAGGACUUUAGGAAACAGAACAGAGGGUGGCCACAACAGUCUCAACAGUCACUUUAUGGGUUCGGCUAUACCCAGAGGCAAUUGAACGCACCUCCAUCGUUUAUUACGGGCCCUCUGACUUACCAACGCGCACCUCAGUUCAGCAACCAGCAGGUCUCAAAAGGACUCAAUAGUCCAGGGUUCCAACAAUCAGCUUCACCUACAGUCUCCUAUAGUCAAAUGCCACUGAACAUGUCUUAUUGCAUCAACCCAGCAUCACUAUACAAGAGUACGACAAAGAUCUCAGCGCCUCCUAGCUUGAAUACCCGGGUACUAGGGCCGUAUGCCCCCGAGAGCCCUAAAGAGAUGCCGAAGAAGAUUCCGGAUGAGAACGACUGUAGCGACGACGGCGAUGCUUCCGAUGACGAUGAGCCUCUUCAAAGCCGAAUGAAGCGUCACCCAUCGGUCACUAGCAGCCGUAAUUCUGUCAUCGGUACGUCACCUCUACUUACAGCGUUCAACGGGAUUACACAGCAUCCACGACAGAAUGAUGACUCUGAUGUUGAGUUCUUCACAAGCACGUCUAAGCCAAAAGAUGCUACACCCAAGGCCAAUCAGAACCAAGUACAUAAGUCACAACCUGCCUCCAUUCUCACCAAGAACGCCUCGCCUUCCUCGGAAAGCGCCGAAGAAAUUGACUGGACCCUUCCUCAGUACGAAGUCCAACGCCAACCCCUCGCGAAGGGCGAAGACAUCCCCAGCGCCAAAGUUUCCCUACCUGGCUUGGUCCGUGAAGAGAUCUUCUUAUCUCUAGACCACGCGGACGAAGAAGUCCAUCUCCUGAUGAACAUCUUCAUACCGAACCAGCGCGCCCUUCCUAACCCCGAUCCUGAACCUGCAAUCGCCCUCCUCAACUUCCACACCAUUGCCAUCAUGGUGAUAGAAGCGUACGUGCAAUACGAGAUCGGUGACGAGUUUGGCAUGGGACGCGGACACUUCCACACUGAGCACAACCGCGGCAACGCAGAAUACGAGCGUAUGCGCGACGCGGUCGACGCGGAUACCAACGACAUCUUCUUUGCAGUUGUGGAUCGGUACAGAGCAGGGUUGGAGAGCAAGAAGAAACCGUUGCAGCUUAUCAGGGGCACACAGGAGUUCUGUGACUUGGCGCUAGACCUGAUCUUCUACAUCAAAGAUCACGGAUUGCUUAGGCCAGAACCGAAAGCUAAGGCUGCUAGGGCAGAUAAGGGUGUUAAGAGAGGGCCGAGGGGCGGGGCAAAGGCGGGGGAAGCGAAGGGCAAGGGAAUUAAGAGGGGUACAACUGCGAAACCUAAUGAGGUACAGCCGAGGAAGAAGGCGAAGAUUGCGCCGGUGUUGGAAGUCAAGAAGAAGAGAUCUAGGCCGAAGACUUCGGGGAUCACGGUUCUGAAA